CGGACUUAUCACAUUAAUUUCGCGGAAGACUGUUUCAUACUCAAGAAAACAGAAAAAAACUAAGAUAAUGAAUAGAAUGAACGGUAUCUCUACAGUCGGAAGUGAAAAUGGCACUAAUGGUAGAGAGAUGGACGAGGAAGUGUGUGAUACCCAAUGGGGAAAACUCGGGGCUUGGUUUAUUGGACCGUCAGCUGAAAAUACCGACGAGUUCUGUGAGCUAGCCAUAGAAUCUAUUCGACAAAAUGUCAAACCGAAGAACUACUUUCCAAAUGACCCUAAGUUGAUCACUCCCGAAGUGAAAUCAUCAACAAGUUACAAGACAGAAAUGGCUAAACUGAAAAUGGAACUUCAGUGCCUGAAUGACGUACUCACGGAAUCCAUUCCGUACGCCAGUGUGCGAUACCAGGGUCACAUGGUGUCUGAAGCGACGAUGGCGGCCAAAUUAGGUUACCUUUCCGCAUGGAUGACCAAUGCUAAUAAUGCGACAAGUGAGCUCAGUCCAGUAACAACACAACUGGAAAUAGAGGUCGGCAAGCAACUCUGUGAAAUGAUCGGAUUUGAAGCAACACACAACCCGUGGGGACACAUCACUAAUGGUGGGUCCACCGCCAAUAUAGAGGCAUUGUGGGCAUCCAGGAAUAUCAAGUUCUUCCCGUUGGCAGUACAGAGAGCCAUUAAGGAUGAACGGCUGCUUGUCAGUGCUAAGGAACUGAACGUGUAUAUUCCAAGGCUGGGUAGAAAACAGAAGAUAACAGUCACAUCAACGUGGGACUUACUGAAUCUUGAUCUUGAUGACAUCGUAGCUUUACCUCAGGAAAUUCAGCGACUGACACAAAAAGACGCUUCUGAUCUCAAAGAUGUUAUUAACAAGUCCAGUCUAGCCCACAACGGUUUCGUCCAGUUUUAUCUGUUGCACGGUUUAAGGACCGCACCUAUUAUUAUAGCAUCGGCGGCCAACCACUUCUCUUGGGGGAAGGCUGCGACGCUUGUGGGCAUCGGAGGCCGAAAUCUCGUAUGCGUUCCCUUCGAUCGAUACGCUCGCUUGGAUGUUAUAGCAUUCCGGAAACUUCUAGAUGAAAAGUUGGCUAAGAAGAUACCAGUCAUUGCAGUGAUAUGUGUGAUCGGUACAACAGAACACGGAGCGAUCGAUCCUGUUGCUGAUAUCCUGGACCUGAGAGCAGAGUACAGAACCAAGGGCCUGAACUUCUACAUACUGGCAGAUGGGGCCUGGGGAGGCUACUUUGCAACACUCGUACGGAAACCUCACGGGGAUGACCAGACCCUACCUCACUUUCCUAUAAGCGACUACACACGUGACCAGCUGAUCCGCCUAAAGGAUGUUGACACUAUGACAAUCGACCCUCACAAGUCAGGAUACUGUCCUUAUCCGGCCGGAGGUCUGUGUUAUAGAAACGGACACAUGAAAGCGUUCAUCUCCUUUGCCACCGACAUGGUGUUCAUGGACACAGCCACGGUCUUCAAUUGCGCUGGAAUCGAGGCGUCAAAGCCUGGAGCGGGGCCGGCCGGUGUAUACCUUGCUCAUAAGGUCAUUGGGCUGAACAGUUCAGGCUACGGUCGAAUCCUGGGACAGGCAAUGCUCGGCGCUAAACUGAUGUACUGUGCCUGGCUGACAGCCGCCAAUACUGAUGACAACUUUGUAUGCGUUCCAUUGACUCCAAUUCCGGACAACUUCGACCAUGACGAGGAAUCGGCGAAGCGUUUUAUACGAGCGAAGAUCCUCGAUACACCGUAUGUUGAUCUUGUGCUGGAUAACGAAGUGAUGCAUUUUCUGUCUGAAAUCGGUCCUGAUGCAGCUAUCAAUGCUUUUGCCGUCAACAAGAAAGGCAACACCUGUGCCGAUAAGUGUAACCGUCUCAACAUGGCCGUCUUUGACAGGUUAUCUCAGUCGAACCCCAAAGCAAAGAAAGUUGGUGAUGUACCGCUGUUCCUCACAAAAUCAAGACUUGCCCAAAAAGAAUGCUUCAAAGUCUUGAAUACCUUCAAAGAACGCCUCGGGAUAUCGACCGACUCAAGCGACGUGCUUACCUUUCUAAGGAAUACAGUUACUAACCCUUGGACGGCGGCUGACCACACGAUACCGAUGCUGGUCCAGCACUUCCGCAAUGUGGUCAUUGAGUGCAUUGAAGAGAUCGACCAGUCUGAAGGAAAACUCAACGGUCACACACAUCGAUGAGCAGUGUCCUUCCUACAAAUGAAGUUGUUGGAUAUUGACACAAAUUUGAUGAACAGUUAUGUACUUUUGUUGAGGUUAAUUCUUAGUUUUAUUUACCUGAGGAAAACGGAACAUUAACUGACAUUAUGAAAAUAUUCCUUUAACAUCAAAAAGGAAGAACUGAACUGCAUGGGUCUUACAUUUUACACUUGCAUAUUUUGUUGUGGCGUCGCAAUCUAAAGUGAAAUGAAAGGCUUUAUCUUUAACUAUACAGUUUGUCUUUAUAUAAUCCAGUCUUGUAAAUCAAGUAUCAACUAAUUGUCUACCAGGUGUUAGGGAACAGGUUGGCUUUUUAAAAGAUUUUUCACUAAUCUAGCCAGUUUUGCUUGAGACUCAGGUAACCGAAUUGUGUUAAACACGUUUUAAUUAUGUCUCCCCUUUGAAUGAAUGGAGACAUUAUUUAAGUACUGGCUCGUCUUCCUGUUCUUCUAAUAAUUUCCUGUCCAGGCCGUAACUUUAAAACUGUUGUUAAAGAUACAUUUAUGGAGCUCGCACUAUACAUGUAUCACCUACAGACAAUGUGCAAUUCACUGUCGUUAUGCCACUGUGACCUUGACCGCAUUGUCAAAGGUCAAAUAAAUGCAAUCUUUUCCGUAACAUUUAAAUCAUCAAAGAUAUCUCAAUGAACCUUGCAGUAUAUCUGCAUCACUCAGAGAGAUGAUUUGCAGUACACUGUCAUAAUGUCGCUGUGAACUUGAUCUCAAGUGCAAACUUUUCAGUUGUAACUUUUAAAAUAUUAGGUUAAUGUGAUUUUCCACGUCAUAACGUUCCAUUUGCAUUUAUCCUUAUAUCAAAUGAUUUUUAUAGGUUAUUAGUGGACAGUUCCUCUAAUAACAAAGGACUUGGGGCAUCAUACUUUUCAACUUGAAUUUAUUUAACAUUUUUUUAUUAUAAACAUCAUAUUGAUUAAUUGAGACUAUCUUUUUUGGCGCAGAUUUUUUCCAAUGCGCAUGCGUGUAUGCCUUACCAUAGCAACAAAAUUGUUUUGCUAUGCAGAAAGAGACAAAAUAUGGCAUGCAGAAAUGAAAGCCUCCGCAUGUGACAAACAAAUGUUCCUUUCUACGAAUGAAGACUGGUAUGACAAUGUUUAAGUAAGAUACAUAUUUAUAUGUUUUAUGCAAAAAUGCGGAGGCUUUCAAAAUUGAAUAGUUUUUAGUUCUUCAACAAAAUAGCGCACAAAAGACGAUAUCCACGUAUUUUAUUACGAACAUGCGAGUUAAUCUCUCUCUAUGUAAUGCCAUAACUCCUAGACCAGUUGUUGAAUGAAUUUGAAAUUUCAUAUUUGCGUACUUCAUUUACUCCAAAUUACGAAUAUAAAAACUAAAUUUAAAUUUCCGAUGAGGCCGGAAAUGACCCUUAACGCCCCUUAUCCUUUAAGAACAUUGUAGUCAAACGGUUAUUUGACUUAAUCAGCGAUUUUUGUUUUUGCAAUGGAAGGAGGGAAGAAAAUUGACUAAUAAGGUGAGACAUACAUUCAAUCAUAAAAACAAACCUCUAUUUCUAAGAAGAAAAGUGUUCAUAUGCAUGUACAUACAUUUUUUACGUAGAGCCGUUUAUUUUCACACAUAGAUUAGAUGAUAUGCCAUUACAUAACAGGUUAUUAUAUUCUUUGGUUGGUUUAGAACGGAGACCGUCAAUGCAGUAAAUUAACGAUUUUGUUCCUUUCCUUUUAGGAUUUAUUGAUUUUACAAAACGUGUAACGAUUUUCUUUUAUUUUUGUUUGAAUAAUUAAACAUUUUGUUGGGAUUAUUAUGCAAUAUUAGUUUUAUUGUUGUUUUUAAUGUUUUGCCAAUUCACGGCAUUUGAAUCAGUUAGAAUUUAUAGCAGAUAACUCAUUUUUAGUUGUGCUUAUUCAAAGCAAUCACGUUUACUAUUAAAGAAGAUCGGGGCGUCAUGAAUGACACAGUUUUGAACAAAAAAUCCCACACAGCAAUAUUCAAAAUAGGCGUUGCACUUAAUUGUAAUUUUCUUCUCAUAUUUUUUUAAGUUCGUCGUUUACUCUAUUAAUUAACCUUGUAACCAAAUAUAAGAGAUUUUGCUAACAAAAUAUGUGAUAAUUGAACUUGAAUAACCAUGACUUAUUAUUUUACUGACACUCAAGGUAAAUAAAGUAAUUGUAGUAACUUAUCAAGCGGACUUUGUAAGCUCUUUUUUUUAGAUAUUGCUUUCGAUACAACUACGAGUCAAAUGUUAAUACAGAUGUACAACAAAUGUACAACAAUUUGAAAGUCAGGUACUACCUUUCCAAAACAAAAUAAAACCCUAUUGAUAUUAAUUGACAAUAUAUAUAUAAAAAAAUAAUUGGAUAUGCCUGACAGUAAAAACAAUUGAACAUAAGCAUUCAUUUAGCUUCGGUAUAAACUUCUUUUUAGCAUCCCUUCACCAAUCAAAGUACACUUGAAGUUAGAUAUACAAACGAAAAUCAAAGCGGAUCUAAAGUCAAAUUCCAAAAAAUACCAUCUACUAUAUCUUUACGUUUAUAUAUAUAUUGAAAAGAUAGAAUACGUAACAAACUUUUCGUUUAAGGUCGAAUGAGUGUAUUGAUAAACGGAAAUAGGAAAUACAUCCAUAGUUGAAAAUCCAAUGUAGGGAGACAGUAUCACAAUUUACGCAUAUCCUAAUGUUUAAUCUUAAACUGAUGAAUAUUGUAUGUUUAUUAUUGACAGAACUGUGCGUCUCUCAAUAUUAAAGUAUUUCA